UAAUUCCUUGUGAGAUUCUUGAACUUUGAUUGAACCUUUUGAGAUUGAGUUAAGUUCUCCUCCUACAGCUUACCCCCUAAUGCGUCGAAAGCCAUAGCGUCGCGAAUACUUCAUCAAUCAACGUGAUUCAAAUUGGAACGGUAGCUGAGAUUAAGAGCUACAACAUAUCCAAGUUUCGCGACAUUCCAACGGCUAGUUUUUCGUCGACGUUGUUUCUUGUGAAGACGACUUUUCUGUCCAGAAUUUCGGAUUUAUAUUUUGAGUAAUUCUAGUUCCUAAGUUCACCUAGACUCCGUCCUUAAUCCUAACAAGUGGUAUCAGAGCAAUAUUAAGGACAUUGAGAGGAGUCUACAGAAGUGUGAAGACCCUUCUAGACCCACCAUGGCCUCUGCACUCCUGGGAUGGAAGAUACGGCAGAUGGACAUUGUGACUGCCUUUCUGAAUGGGAUCAUUCUGGAGGAGGUGUACAUGAAGCAGCCAGAGGGGCUGGAUGAUGGGAGCGGCAGGGUCUGCAGGCUGAAGAAGGCCAUUUAUGGCCUUAAGCAGGCGCCUCGUGCAUGGUAUCACAAGUUGGAGGAGGCGCUGUUGGCUGGGGGUUUCAAGAAGAGUGAGUGUGACCCCAGCCUGUUCCUGCUGCAGGAGAAGGAUGAAAUCCUCAUGCUCUUGGUGUACGUGGAUGAUAUCCUUCUCUUUUCUGCAUCCACUGCUUUGCUGGACAGCGCAGAGCAGAUGCUGGAGAUGCAGUUCAAGUGCUCCAAGAUGGGUGAGGUGAAGUACUACUUGGGGAUGCACGUGGAGAGAGAUGUGGAGAAGGGUGUGCUGAGGUUGCACCAGAGGAAGUACUGUGAGGGGCUGGCUGAGAAGUAUGGGCUGCAAGAUGGGGGAAAGCCAGCAACACCACUACCUUCGGGGUUCACUGUGGAGCCAUGUGCUGGUGAGGAGGUAGUGGGUGAUAGUGACAGGAAGCUGUUUCAUUCGAUGGUUGGGUCGCUGAAUUAUGCUGCAAAUCAUACACGGCCUGAUAUUGCAUUUGCUACAUCACGAUUGGCUAGUGUGGUCUCACGCCCUAGUCAUGAGCAGCUGGAAGCGGCCAAGAGGUUGGUCCGCUAUGUGAGUGCUACGGCAUCAGUGGGAUUGGAGUACAGUGGAGUGAGGCAGCGGUUGCAGAGAGGUGCUGCAGAUGUGAAGAGUGGAGAGAUGCUCUUGAGUUGCUAUACUGACGCUAGCUUCAACUCAGUGAAAGCGGAUGGCACCAGCAUUGGGGGUUAUGUGUGCUUGCUAGGAGGUGGUGCUGUGAGCUGGCGCAGCAAGAAGCAGAAUGAGGUGGGAUUGUCCUCAUGUGAGACUGAGUACAUGGCCUUACACCAUGGGGCCAAGGAAGUAGUGUGGCUAAGGCGUUUGUUGGAGGAGUUGGGAGUUGGUCAGGAGGAGCCGACAGUUGUGUUUUGUGACAAUGAGUCCGCUGUGAAGCUCGCCAAGAAUGCUUGUCUGCAUGGGCUGACAAAACACAUAAGGCCUAAGUGGCAUUGGGUGAGGAGACUCCUUGAUAAGGAGGUGCGGCUGGAGAUAGUGAAGACCCAUCAGCAGGCAGCAGAUAUUUUCACCAAGCGUCUGGCGGAGGCGGAUCAUUGGAAGGGCAUGAAGCUUGCUGGGAUGAGUGUGCAUUGAGUAUGCAUGCUUGAGAUGUGGUAU